AUGGAGUACGGAAGGCUGGGGCCCACUGAUCCUGGUGGUUCUUUGCGUUUAGACGCUCCUCCCGUUAGCCAAAAAUCCUCCACCAAGAAGAACAUCAUUUUGCUGUCGCUUCUAGCCGUCGUUCUAAUCGUCGCUUCCGCCGUCUCCGCCGUUUUGCUCACCGCCGUUCGCUCUCGUGCUUCCGGCCACGAUCCCAACGGUCCUAACCUCCGCGGGAAGCCGACGCAGGCGAUUUCCCGCACGUGCAGCAGAACGAUGUUUCCCACGCUGUGUGUGAACUCGCUCCUGGAUUUUCCGGGAUCCGCGACGGCGUCCGAGCAGGACCUGGUUCACAUUUCCUUCAACGUCACGCUGCAGCAUCUCUCCAAGGCGCUCUAUUCUUCCGCCGCGAUGUCCAAUUCCUACGCCACCAUGGACCGCCGCGUCCGCGCCGCCUACGACGACUGCCUCGAGCUCCUGGACGACUCCGUCGAAGCUCUCGCUCGCUCCCUUAACUCCGUCUCCGUGAGUCCCGUCGGCUCCUCCAACGACGACGUGCUGACGUGGCUUAGCGCCGCGCUCACCAACCAGGACACUUGCGCCGAGGGCUUCGCCGACACCAGCGGCAACGUGAAGGACCAGAUGGCCAACAACCUGAAGGACUUGGCGGAGCUUGUGAGCAAUUGUCUCGCGAUUUUCUCCUCCGCAGGCCCCGGAAACGACUUCGCCGGUGUUCCCAUUCAGAACAGGAGACGGUUGAUGGCAAUGCGACACGAUAAUUUCCCGAGAUGGUUGAAUAAACGAGAUAGGAGAUUGCUGAGCUUGCCAGUGUCGGCGGCACAAGCCGAUGUUGUCGUGUCGAAGGACGGUAACGGAACGGUGAAGACCAUUGCCGAGGCCAUUAAAAAGGUGCCAGAUUACGGUACACGGCGCUUCAUUGUCUACGUCAGGGCGGGAAGGUACGAAGAGGACAAUUUGAAAUUGGGAAGGAAGAAAACCAAUGCGAUGUUCGUAGGGGAGGGGAAGGGCAAGACCGUCAUCACAGGUGGCAAGAAUUAUAUGGAGGGCAUGACAACGUUCCACACCGCCUCCUUCGCCGCUAAUGGUCCUGGCUUUAUUGCAAAAGACAUGACAUUCGAGAACUACGCCGGGCCAGGGAAGCACCAAGCGGUGGCCCUCCGUGUCGGAGCCGACCACGCGGUGGUUUACAACUCCAACAUCAUCGGAUACCAAGACUCAUUGUAUGUCCACUCGAACCGUCAAUUUUUCCGUGAAUGUGACAUUUACGGAACCGUGGACUUCAUAUUCGGCAACGCCGCAGUGGUUUUCCAAAAGUGCAACCUCUACGCUCGCAAGCCCAUGCCCCAACAAAAGAACACCAUCACGGCCCAAAACAGAAAGGAUCCAAAUCAAAAUACGGGUAUUUCAAUCCACAACUGUCGGAUCCUGGCCACUUCGGAUCUGGAAGCAGCCAAGGGUAGCUACCCUACCUAUUUGGGUCGUCCAUGGAAACUAUACUCUAGAACGGUGUACAUGCUGUCCUACAUGGGGGACCACAUUCAUCCACGUGGUUGGCUAGAAUGGAACACUUCAUCGUUCGCUUUGGACACAUUGUACUAUGGUGAAUACAUGAAUUCAGGGCCGGGUGCAGCUAUUGGGCAACGGGUAAACUGGGCCGGGUAUCGGGUCAUAACUUCCACUGUGGAAGCAAGUAGAUUCACAGUGGGCCAGUUCAUAUCAGGCUCCUCCUGGUUGCCAUCCACCGGAGUCGCCUUCAUUGCUGGGUUAUCAACCUGAAUUCCACUGCAACUGUACACAUCCUU